GGGCGUUUAGGGUUCUUCAUUAACGAAAUUUCUGAAAUUUUUGAAAUGAUGAGCACCACAAACUACUCAUAUGCUUCCAGUUCGAGUUAUCGUGUUUGUCCUCCUGGUGUCCCCUCGAAAUGCUGGUUUGGAGAGGAGAUCAUCACAUUCACAUCGAAGACAAACGAAAAUCCAUACCGGAGAUUCUACCGAUGCGCGAUUGCAAUGAAGAGGGAAAAUGAAGAGCACUUGUUCAAAUGGGUUGAUGAAGCGCUCUUAGAUGAAAUUAAGAUGGUAAAUGAGAAGUGUAAUAGAGUUGCAAAAAAUAUUAGUGAUAUGAGGAUGAAGGUGAUGGCUAAAUUUUCUCUGCAACUUCCGAUCUUACACUCUUCAGAGAAUAUUCACCUUCAUCCUAUUGCAAGCUUCUCUAUUACCAAUCCAACCAAAAAGGUCCAAAACUCUUCAAUGGCUUCUUCUUCUUUCUCAAGCUCCUCUGCCAUUUCCGUGGUUAGAUUACUCUCUCCUCGAGUUUUCGUCAAUUUCCGAGGGAUUGACUUGCGCAACAACUUUAUCAGCCAUCUAGAGAAAGCCCUGGGAGAGAGUGACAUCGACUUCUUUAUUGACAAUCAACUACUGCCAAGCGAGGAUCUUGAAACCCUUUUUAAGGAGAUUGAGGAUUCAAAAAUCGCACUCGCCAUCUUCACGGAACGGUACUCAGAAUCGAAAUGGUGCUUGGACGAGCUAGUGAAGAUUAUGGAAAAGGUGCAGGAAGGAAAACUCAGAGUCAUCCCCAUCUUCUUCAAGGUGAAGGUGAAUGAUGUGAAACAUUUUACUGGGAAGUUCGGCAGGAACUUAUACAGAGGAGAUCGCCGUGAAAAUUCCAAUAUGCCGAAAUGGGAGGCAGCUUUGAGAUCUGUUCCCGCAAAAAAGGGCUUGACUUGGGCGGAUCACAUGAACGAGAGUGAUUUCAUUGUCGACAUUGUAAAGAUAGUGAAGAAAGUGCAAGCAAAAAUUUCAGGAGGACAAGGAACCAACAACAUGUCUUCUACAAAUAUCUCAUCGGUGAGUUCUAGUGGUAAUACUCUCUCUGGAACCAUUGAACAGCCUAGAUUGGAACAACAGCUUAAGGAAUUGGAAGAGAAGUUAUUUGAUUUUAAUUAUGAAAAACGUCGAAUAGUUGGAAUUGUUGGGAUGCCUGGUAUUGAUUGGUUGAAGAACACACUUCUGAAUGAUAAGGCUCAAAUGUUCACAAAGAAAAGUUUUUAUCUUUUGGAUGAUGUGAGCCACAAGGACCAAGUAGAAUAUUUACUCCAAAAUCGGGAACGAAUUAUAGAUGGAAGCAAGAUUGUCAUUACAACACGUGACAAGUCAUCCAUCGAGAAACUGGUGGACGAUACUUAUGUGGUCUCUGGUUUAAACGAUAAAGAAGCUCUUCAGCUCUUUAACAAUCACGCCAAAGGGAAUUUCCCGGAGCUUUCCAAAAAGUUUGUGGAGUAUGCUGGAGGCAAUCCACGAGCCCUCGAGGAAUUGGGAAAGGAGAUUUGUGGGAAAGACGAGAAUCAGUGGAAAGCAAGACUUCUUACGCUGCCAUAUUGUUGCAAUCCGAGGAUCCUUACAGAAUUGAGAUUCAGUUAUGACUUACUGAGUGAUCAGCAGAAGGAUGCGUUUCUCGACAUAGCUUGUUUCUUCAGAUCAGAGGAGGAAGAUUAUGUAAAAUGUUUACUAGAUCCGCAUGUUACUGAGUCUGGUGAAGCUGUUAAAGAUCUUGCUGAAAAGUUGUUGAUAUGUAUCUCUGCCGGCCGAGUAGAGAUGCAUGAUGUAUGGUGUACAUUUGGAAAGGAACUCGGUUCAUCCCAUGAAAAUAAGUCAGGGGAAAGAAUGUUGAAUCAUGACAAAACUAUUGAAACUCUAUACUUAAAACGUUUAAAAAAGGGAAAGAACAAGGUGAGAGGUAUUUUCCUAGACAUGUCCAAAUUUGGAGGAAUCAAUGGAAUACCAUUAAAAGCGAAUAGGUUUAUCAAAAGGUUGGACCAGCAGAAUCUGCGAUACCUUAAAAUCUAUGAUUCUCUUUGUCCUCAGCGAUGUGAAAAGGACUGUAAAGUAAACUUGCCCGAUGAACUUGAGUUUCCUUUUCCAGAGAUUCGAUAUUUCCACUGGCUGAAAUUCCCAUUGACAGAACUUCCAUCAGACUUCAACCCAAAUAAUCUUAUUGAUCUCAGGCUGCCUUACAGUAAGAUUAAACAUGUUUGGGAAGAUGCUAAGAAAACGCCGCAGUUGAAGUGGGUGGAUCUAAGUUUUUCAACUGAAUUGAGUGACCUGUCAGCAUUGUCAAAGGCGUUUUAUCUCCGAAGAUUGAAUCUUGAAGGCUGCACGAAUCUGAGUAGUUUGCCAAAAGAGAUGAGUAACAUGAAGAGCCUUGUUUUCCUGAACCUCAGAGGAUGUGUCAUGCUCUCGUCUCUACCAAAAAAACUGAAUUUAAUCUCUCUGAAGAUUCUCAUCCUCAGUGGCUGCUCAAAAUUUGAAAAGUUUGAGCUGUAUUCUGAAAAUCUUGAAUUUCUACAUUUAGAUAGCACUGCAAUCAAGAGUCUUCCUAAAAGCAUCAAGAACUUCCAAAAACUUGUGUUACUGAAUCUAAAAGAGUGCAAAGUGUUGGAGUCUCUACCAUACUAUCUCUACAAGUUGAAGGCUCUUGAAGAACUAAUUCUCUCUGGUUGUGUACUGCUUAGGAGUUUUCCUGAUAUUAAGGAGAACAUGGAAAAUCUGCAGAUUUUACUACUCGACAGGACCUCAAUAAAAGAGCUACCAAAUGUAUUACUACAUUGUGUUAAAUUCAAAGACCAAGUGGUUUGCCAACAGCCACUCCGGAUGAAUGGCAUAUCCUUGUUGCGGCAUCUAUGCUUAAGGGGAAAUAAAGAUAUCUGCAGCCUGGGAUCUAGCAUCAGCCAACUCUAUCAUCUGAAAUGGAUCGACUUGAAGUAUUGCGAUAGUCUACUCUCUAUUUCAACUCUGCCACCAAAUCUUCAAUGCUUAGAUGCGCAUGAAUGUAUCUCACUAAAAACAGUCGCCAGUCCGUUGGCCCUUCUUAUGCCAACAACGCAGCAGGUCCCCACUUCAUUCAUUUUCACUAACUGUGAAAAGCUAGAGCAAGCUGCCAAGAAUGAAAUUGUAUGUUAUGCUCACAAUAAGAGCCGCCUCCUCUCAGAAGCAUUGAAUCGCCAGAAUAAGGGUUUCGCGUUUGAAACUUUGGUUGCUACUUGCUUUCCUGGAAGUGAAGUCCCUGCUUGGUUUAGUCACAGAGCUUCUGGGGCAGAGUUAAAGCCAGAGCUUCCUGGACACUGGAGUAAAAAUGGGUAUGUUGGAAUAGCUCUAUGUGCUAUCGUCUCAUUUGAGGACUACGAAAAUCGAAACAAAGAUCUCCAAUUGAAAUGCAGAUGUGAGUUCAAUGAUAUUGAGACAUCCUCUAGCAACUUUAAUUGCCAUAUUGGAGGUUUAUCUGAGACAGGCGUUAAGGAAAAAAAGAUUAAGUCUAGUCAUGUGUUCAUUGGCUACACCAAUUGGUUGGAUAUAAACAAAGGUCAAGAACAGAAUGGUACGAUGGGAUGUGUUCCUACCAAGGCUUCCAUCACAUUUAAAGUGACAGAUGGUACUAAUGAGGUUAUGAAUUGUGAGAUCUUGAAGUGCGGCUUUAGUUUAGUUUAUGAAUCAGGUUCUUGGGAAGCAAGCUUAGGGACAGAGUGCGUCACACAUUGUAAAGGUAUAUUGUCAGGUUUCUUGAAAGGAAUCAAAUGGCUAUUUAAGUAACCGAAACAAUGGUCAUAACUUCAAUAGUGAAGAAACCUGCAGUAAUAUG